AUGAAAGAUUACAUCUACAAGCUCCCAACCUUAGCUACUCCAGUCCCCGGGGAAGAUCUACUUCUAUACUUAUCUGCAUCAAAGGCAACGAUCAGUGCAGUAAUGAUGGUGGAAAGGGAGGAAAAACAAAUCCCCAUAUACUUUAUUAGCAGAACCCUCAAAGGCUCGGAAGAGCGUUACAUGCCUCUGGAAAAGCUAACCCUACCACUUGUCAUCGCAUCCCGAAGGCUCCGGAGAUAUUUCCAAGCACACAAGAUCACGCUGCUGACAGACCAACCGCUUCAAAAGGCAAGGACUGCAACGAAAGGGCAGCUACUGGCAGAUUUCUUGGCAGAAGUCCCCGAGGAAGAGGAAAAUGAACUCCUCAAAUGGAAAAGCCUGGAGGAGGAAGAAAAGAAGAAGGAGGACGAGGUAGUAUGGAAGUUGUUCACAGAUGGGGCUUCAAGCGAGGAAGGAAGUGGGGCAGGGAUCACACUGAUCAGCCCGGAGGGAGUCGAACUAACAUACGUCAUCAGACUAGAUUUCGAGAACACCAAUAACACGGCAGAAUAUGAGGCCCUUCUGGCUGGGCUGAGAUUAGCAAGAAAGAUGAGAGCAAGACACGUUGAGGCCAACACCGAUUCACAACUGGUAGUCAAACAAUACCACGGGGAAUAUCAAACGAAGGAUAGCUCGAUGGCCCAAUAUGUAAAUAGGGUGAAAAAGUUGGCCAAGACCUUCAAAACUUUCAAGUUGGAAUAUAUCCCCCGAGGGAGAAACAGGAAGUCCGAUGCCCUUAGCAAGUUAGCCUCUGUAGCCUUCGACCAUCUGGCAAGAGAAGUCAAGGUAGAGGUCCUAACUUCCCCCUCCAUCACAAUGGAGGAAGUAGCCACGGUCGACAAUGAUGAAGAAACUUGGAUGACACUAAUCAUAAGGUUCCUCAAAGACGGGAAACUACCCGAGGGUGAUUGGGCGGCCCGCAAGAUGAGAGUAAAGGCCUUGCAAUACGAAUUGAUAGAUCGGGAGCUCUACCGAAGGUCAUACUUGGGUCCAUCGUUAAAGUGUGUUGACAAUGAAGAAGCCAAAUAUGUGGUGCGGGAAAUAAACGAAGGCAUUUGUGGCAUGCAUUCUGGGCCAAGAACAGUGGUAGCCAAGGCAAUGAACGCGGGAUUCUACUGGCCCAGAAUGUACGAGACAGCAUCGGAGGAUGUCAAGAAAUGUGACAAUUGUCAAGUCCAUGCUCCUAUGACACACCGCCAUAAGCACCCAAUGAUACCCGUAUCGACGUCCUGGCCGUUCCAUAAGUGGGCCAUUGACAUUAUUGGGCCGUUCCCUAAGGGCCUCGGAGGGGUCAAGUAUGUGGUGGUUGCCAUUGAUUAUUUCACCAAAUGGAUCGAGGCAAGGCCCCUGGAAAAGAUUACCGGGGAGCAGAUGAAGUGA